CGAGUUGGGAUCGGUCGCGCAUGCGCUCUGGGAAAUGUGAAGCCGUGCUUCAGCACCACGUGGUCGGGGACCCAGGCUGGAGAUGUCAGCAGCAAUAAGAGCGACCCACAGGACUCGGCAGUGUGGCAGGCACCGGGGCAGCCGAUCACUGGGGUAGUCAGUCACUGGGGCAGUCAGUCACUGGGGUAGUCAGUCACUGGGGCAGUCAGUCACCGGGGCAGUCAGUCACCGGGGCAGUCAGUCACCGGGGCAGUCAGUCACCAGGGCAGGCAGCUACCAGGGUAGUCAGUCACUGGGGCAGGCAGUCACCGGGGCAGUCGAUCACUGGGGUAGUCAGUCGAUCACUGGGGUAGUCAGUCGAUUACUGGGGUAGUCAUUCACUGGGGCAGGCAGUCACUGGGGCAGUCAUUCACCGGGGCAGGUAGCUACCAGGGUAGUCGGCCACCAGCGUAGCCAGUCGCCAGGGAAAUCCGUCAGUCUGUGAUGAUAGUAUCAAGUCACCAUUCAGUCAGUCACUUAGGCAGUCAGGCAGCGUGACAGUGGUCGGGUUACUCAUUCAGUCAGUCACUAGGGCAGGCAGUCUUAGAAGCAAACUGCUGUGCCUUAGGGCAGGCAGUCCGUCGGGCACUCAGGACAAGCAGUCUUACAGGUAGUUUGUCAGGUACCCAGUCAGCCUGUGUCAGGUACUCGGGCUAGUCAGUCAAGCACUCAGUCUGGCAGACACAAGGCCAGUUACAAUCAGCCGCCGUCACUGUAUCAGACAGGCACAUAGCAGCCAAACUGCGGGUUGCUAAGGCUGAUAUUCAAUUACCUUAUUAGUCGGCCAGACAAUCCCUGGGGCAGACACAAAGAUCUGCGGUCUGUUAAGUAACUCUGGUUCCCAGACAUUCUGUAAGGCACUCCUCUUACCCAGCCAGCAACUCGAAUAAACUGCCCAGUCACUAAAUUCAUUGCCAAUCGGUCAACCACUCAACUCGCUGCCCAGCCGGUCGCUUUGCGGUCACCAUCAUCAGCCGGACAGGCGAUGGAGCCGCUGGCGAUGACGCUGGGGCUGCUGCUGCUGCUGCUCGCCCCGUGUCGCGGCGAUGACGGAGACCACGGGGACUUCAUCAAGAGGGAGCACAGCCUCAUGAAGCCUUAUCAGGGCGUUGGCUCGUCGCCAGGUGCGCAGUGGGACAUCACGGGCAACACGGUGGUGAUUGGCCACGCCGUGCGACUCACGGCCGAUCAGCAGAGCAAGCUCGGUGCCAUGUGGAACACUGUGCCGUGCCACGUGACGGACUGGGAGAUGCACGUGCACUUCAAGGUGCACGGUCAGGGCAAGAAGAACCUGCACGGGGACGGCUUCGCCGUGUGGUACACCAAGGACAAGAUGCAGCUGGGGUCGGUGUUUGGCAGCAGGGACCCGUUCCACGGGCUUGCUAUCUUUGUGGACACCUACCGCAACGACUUUGACGAUCACGAUCGCUUGUUCCCGUUUGUGACGGCCAUGGUGAACAACGGCUCCCUGCGCUACGACCACAGCAAGGACGGCAAGACGACGGAGAUCGGCGGCUGCUACGCCGACCUGCGCAACAAGGACUACGACACCUACAUGGCCGUGCGGUACUCCCGCCAGCGGCUGACGGUGAUGCUCGAUGUGGAUAACCGUGAUGAGUGGAGGGAGUGCCUGGACGUGGCGGGGGUCUCGCUGCCCACAGGAUACCACUUUGGCGCGUCUGCCGUCACGGGGGACCUUUCCGACAACCACGACAUCGUCUCGCUGAAGCUCUACGAGCUGAGCGUGGAGCGCCCAGCGGAGGACGCCGAGGUCGACCGGAGCCGCGUCCUCCCGGCGGUCGACCUCUUGCUCGUCCAGCGCGCGAGCACGGACGACUCGACAGGCUCGGCCCGCACCGCCCCAAUGUCCGGCUGGCGCCUCUUCCUGCUGCUGCUGUGCGCGCUGCUCGCCGUGGUCGUGUGCGCCGUCGUGGGCCUCCUCAUCUACCAGCGCCGCCAGGAGCACAGCCGCAAGCGCUUCUACUGAACCGCGGCGCCCCCCGCCAUCCAGCCCCACAGCCUCCCUCCCGUCACCGACCCACCAAUCCAUCUGUCCUUACCCACCCACCCAGGCCCUUCCGCUCCCCAACACCCACCUGACACCCACCCAUCCGGGUCAAGGCACUGUUGUUGUUGUAACAUAGGCGCUAUUUAACCGAAUGUAGCGGGCGUCUGAAAGGCGCAAACUGUAGAGCGAGAUACCGUUGGUUGAUAUAACUCGUCUGUUUACAAAGCCCUUAGAGAACAUUUGGCUAGGUGGGGGGGGGGGGGUUAUGAAAUAAUUACCACUUUGUGGGAAGUUCAGUGUUGGUUGUCCAAUCGAUGGAUGAGAUUGUCACUCACUGUGGGGAACGUGGAAUUUCCACAGUUGUCUCAGCAGCGCCAUCAAGGGUGGGCUGCUCUGCCCCUGCAGCUCGUUUGAGCGGAGAUUGCGAACCGAGCGUUGCUCCGACUCGUAAUCUGAAAGUUGCUAUUUCAACCUCCCCUGACCCUCCCCCUCCGUCACUAUUUCAUAAAAUGACGGCCGCUUGUGGGGAAAAUCCCAGUGGUUGCCCUGUGGAUUUAACUGAACCCCCCGCCAUAGCAAUGUGGAAUUCCCACAACCUUGUUAGGGACCAACAACGGCGUUGGUCACUGUCCCACGCUUAUAAGAGCAGGAAGGAUCUUCGACUUUUUUUACAAUUAAUACUUUUCCAUCCAGGUCCCCCCUUGACGUUCCAGCACGCUUGUAAUUUUCAAGCGAGUAAGGAAAUCCGUCAAACGAGGCGAUUCCAGACAAGAGGAGGAGAGGUCACUGUCAACAUAGGCCCUGAGCCUGCUUCAACACUGAACCCAUACGAUUUUAGUUUUUUUUGGUUACUACUACUGGAAGCAGCCUCAAGAAAACUUCAGAAGCCAAAGUCUUGACAUGGUCCCCUUCUGGCAGCCGGAUCAGAGUUCAACGUGAAGAAACGCAGAGAGAUCGUACCCGCACCGAUCCCUCGCAGCGCGAACGCUGCGCUCUGCGGGUGACCGACACCGAACGAACCGCGACCCGGUUAAAACCUUCACCUCGAUUGGGUGAGAGGCGGGGUGUCCGAUCGAUCGUAGGGGGGGGGGGGAGGCAUCGGGGAAUGUUUAUCGAGGGUGGCGAUAACACUGGGGAAUAUUGAGAUAAUCAAAAGUGAAUGUGUAGUGCGCCGCAGUGCAUGCGCGUAAAGUCGUACAUUGCUCACCGAGAUCGUUUUCGUGAAAUAAUCUCCCGGCGUUGAGCUCCUCCAGGCAGUUUCGCUCCCGAGUCUCAGACUCCAUUGUUCCCGCCUGCCUUGAGCUUUGUGUUGCGGAUUCUCUCAACCACACAUCAUCUCAUCCACGUCGUUACCAUUUUACCGCUAUCGCCAACCACCAUUCAACCACGUCAUCGGCACGUAUUUAAUAAUGUCACUUAUCGUCGUCACAAGUCGAUCUCUGUCGUCAACAACCAUGAAACCACAUCAUCAUUUCGUCAUCAAUUCAUCCACGUCACAAAAAAUAGAUCCACUCUUUCCGCAAGCUUUGUCAAACACUGUCGAGAUUCCUUUUCCAAAUGAUGCAGUAUAUUUUUUUACACUCUAUAUCACCACCACACUGGUCUCCCGGUUUCUUCAGCCUGCACUCAACUCUGAUGAACGUUGCGUGCGGAUGGGGGAUGGGGUUUGGUGCCGGUGUUCAGAGCGUGGGCUAUUAUCAAGACGCUCGUCGAUACGGCUCCCUCUCUGGCUAGAGCCAGUGGAGGGGGGGGGGGGGCUCUUGUGUUUGGUGAAACACUUUGGCGCGAAGUCCAAUUUUCGUGAUGUGAAGUUGUGUUGGAUGUCUCACGUGUGAGCAGGGGAGACGCUCGCUUAAGAGUCUUGCGACGUUUACCUGAUUUUCAGUAAUUAGCCGAUUAAUUUUAUUUAACGACUGUUAGCCGAUUGUGUUUAUUUAAAAAAAAAAUCUGUUUUGUUUUUAACAAAAAGAAGUUAAUACAAAACGUUUACAAAGUCACAUUGGAUUAAAAACUAUAGCAUUCCAUCGAGACUCUGGUAACCUCGGCCAUUAAUCCCUCCGCGGUCAAUAAUAACAGUGGUGGUUCUGUACUAAGACUGGCCCGUGGCAUUGGAAUGUGGAAUUUUCACCAUUGGCUCAGGGCUGCCAACACCAGCACCCAGGACAACUCUGCUCAACGCCCGAUUAAACCAGGAGGACUCAACUUUGGGCCACCUUCACAUCUUGGCGGAACGACCAAAAACUGGUUGUGUUGAAUUGACAGAACGUCCCCCCCCUCCCCGUUGUUGGCGAUGGAGGCCGUUGGUGCGUCUUCACCAAAAAUCAGCCGCAGAGGAACAUUCAAAUGCCUUGAGCAUUAGCGAUUGCGUGUGGUUGCCAUGGGCCCUCGUUCCAAGGGCUGAAUUUAUAGGAGCUCCCUGUAAAACUCCCUCUUCAUUGCCCGGCGCCUAGCCCUCACUGGUUCGUGGGGCCCGUUUUAGGUACACGCCAGCACCUGCGCACUGGAUAGCUACGCCACUGUUCGUGUCGUGGCGUUUUAAAACCACUAAAUUUGUGUUUGCCUCGUUUGACUGCAUGCCUCUCUCUUCAGAUGGGCAUCUUCCUCAAGAACUCUGGACUUGCGCGUGUGUGCGUGUUUCAAUAAAGUCCCGUUGAAAUGUG